AUGGAAAGUGGAGAAGAGCGUCCAUACCGCUCACACACGAAGCCAGCAUGCCUACCAUGCCGGCGCAGAAAGUCACGGUGCAAGAUCGAGCCACAUACCGAGGCCUGUCUGAUGUGUCGUGCCCACGGCACAGAUUGCACAUUCCCAAAUGGGCGCGCAAGGGCCACGCCCCACAAACGGCAUUCCGCGGAGACAGCGCCGAUAAUUCUACCGCCGGCUCUGCGCACCCCUGUGGCUCAGCCAUUGACGGGGCUAGUGGCAUCGCCACACUUUUCGACUCAGGGCAAGAGCCAAGAUACACCGCUGUCGUUAGAGGCGGAUGAUGAUAAUCCUCAUAUACUGGGGCCGGCGGUAACGGGUGAUAAUCAUGUUCUAGCGGAUUAUCUAUCGAAUAUCUCUGGUGGGCAGGGGAUACGUGAGAUUCGGCCUGUGGAGCCUGGGAGUUCGUCGUCGCCUGUGAUAUUUACAAAGGUGCAGAAAAGACCCUUAGGUCUUAAUGUGAACUCUAGUCCGGCAUUGAAAAAUUUGGAAACUAUCGAAAAGCUCGUUGAGCCAUGGGGAGGCCAUUUAAUUGAGUUAUAUCUGAGGAAGGUCAAUCCAUGCCUUCCGCUUCUUGAUGGGAGCUCAUUCAGGGCCCAAUAUAUGAAUGCCAGACAUCGAAUUUCCCCGGCACUCCUCGCCAAUCUGUACGCCCAGUCACUCACCUAUUGGAAAUAUGAUCCCGUGCUAUCUCGGGAGAGAUGCCCGGACGCCCGCUUUGUUUGGAACCUUGCGAUUGAGGCCUCGUACUCUGAACUACACGCAUCGGCUGGUAUUUCAACGAUCAAAUCACUGCUUCUGGAUGUCGGGGGGCGCCCGACUACUUCAAUGACUGGCAACGGCGUUAGACUCAGCUCGGCUCUCUCAUUAUGCCAUUCUCUGGGAUUGAAUAGGAAUCCGCUUCCGUGGGAUAUUCCGCAGGCCGAAAAACAUCUAAGGAUGAAGGUCUGGUGGUCUCUUCUUCUUCAUGAUCGCUGGUCAAGUCUUACCUAUGGGACCCCGCCACACAUACGACGUUCUCAGUAUGAUGUGCCACUGCCGAUUCCGGAAUACCUAUCCGAUUGGGAACAAAACAGCGAAGCGAAUUCUGUGUUCAUCGAAUUGAUGAACCUCACAGACGUACUUGACCAUUGCUUGGAGCAUGUGUACAACAUUCGUGCUGAAACCCAAGGCCCAGCGAGAAAUCUUGAGCUGGAUUUGAACAAAUGGGUAGACUCGCUAACAGGUGACAUUCGCAAGAUAAUCAUCCGCGGCUCCAACCUUGAUAUCCCUGGUGCCUCCAAUCUUCGACUGGCCUAUCUGGCGACGAGGUUGUUAUUGAGGCGCAUAGACCUGGACAGAGAGAGACAAGCGCCCGACGCAAAUCCCGAAGAAAUGGCUAAUCGAACGAUGGAAGCUCGCAGGACAGCAGAAGAUAUUGUGGUUUUAAUACAAGAGCUGGGCGAAACGCAACUAGGCGACUUUUGGCUUCCUGUUGCUGCUUUCACAUUCUCGUCAACAGUGACGUUUCUUAUUCGCUGUGCACUGGAGACCGAGCAGGCAUCUGGGCUCGCUCAAAGUGCUUCUUUGAGGAUGGCGAGUGACUUUUUGGAAUCGCUCAGAUCGCAUCAGAAGAACUCUGGGUGGGAUCUAGCUGACAUUUGUCUGGCACAACAUUCUGAAGUUAUCGAGAAGCUGUUGAAUUCAGCACCACCUGGGGAACACCCAGACGCAGAUGUAGAGCAGCAUUUCAUACACGACAUGGCUUUUGUGGAUGAUAUGUUUCCCAGCAUAUGGGAUACGCUGCAAAGUAUAUAA